GAUAGAAGAAAGCUAUCAGUGGUAUAAAUUGCUUUGAGUGGUUCGGAUCGGAGGAAGAGCAUUGGUAUUGAUCCAUCAAUUAGUAGUUUAGUUUAAUUUUUUAAUCAAAUUUACACCAAACCACCAGUCAAGUGCCAAAAUGGCUUCAUUCAAGUUAGUGUGUAGUGUCCUGUGUGUGCUGGUAGCCGUUCAAACCUGCUCCGCUGAAGAUGGAACCGUUCGUGCCCUGCGAAAAGUCUACUCAAUGUGCGAGGACAGUGACGAACUGCUCAAGUGUAUCAAGAUCCAAGCCCUGAAGUUGACAGAUCGUGCUAUCAAGCUGCCAAGCAUCAAGCUGGUCGAUGGCAUGUCGAUCGUUAAAAAGGCCGAUGGUGAGAGCCAACAGCGUGCUCUGAACGAACCCGCGAUCAACGAAUCCGAACUCAACAAAAUGUCCUCGGCCAAGAUCGAUGAACUGCUGUUCCAGCGAGCUGCCCGUUUCAUGGAUUCCCACCAGCUGUCUCUGAAUGUGCCACGUAUGCUUGUCUCUGGACAGCAGGAAACCGGACGUCUGGUCGAGGAAGGUCGCAAGAAGAUGAAGAAGUACCUCGGACCAUUCCUCGCUGCAAUGGCUAUCAAGGGAGGUAUCCUGACCAUGGUCUACCAUUCCAUCGCAAUCGUUGCUGGUAAGGCUUUGAUCAUCGGUAAGAUCGCUCUGGUCAUCUCUGCCAUCAUCGGUCUGAAGAAACUGGUCACCCCAGAAGGACACGAAAAGACCACCUAUGAAAUCGUCAAGCACCCACAUGUCCAGCAGAGCCAUACCUACUCGUCCAACCACGGAGAGUUCGACACCCACGAGUCUGGACAGUUCCACCGCAGCUUCGGAAACUCGAUCAGCGACGACAUGCAGAUGCAGGACCGUGCCUACCGUGCCCAUGUCCCCAAGAACUAAAUCCGAAACCACCAGACACCUUUACUACCCAAGAGUUACUCUCGAUAACCAAAAUUCCUCAGUAAUACACCCGUGCUUCGACCGGUCAUUAGAUCAAAUUCCUCAAAUUAGAAGACAUAUGUAGCUCAUAAGUAAACUACCAAAAAAGAAUCGGUGGUACUCCCUUAUAGCGAGGGAGUCCCUGACGUGCGCACACUUCGAGAUCUCGUCGAUCGGAAUCAACCAAAUAAGAAAACACAUCACCCAAUGGACCCCUCCCAAAUCAAUCGAUGGUAUCGAAUGCCCGAUGGAAGCCAGAGAGAGAGAGAGAACGCGCGAUCUAACCUGCCCCCAUUAGGAAACAGCCCUAUAAACCGGACAGUUCGACGGGGCCAGAAUUUCGCCAGAGUGUAUGUGUGUUAAUGUUAUCUUGUGUAUUUAUUUAUUGCCGUAAUUGUAAUUUGUAAUUUAUUUAAAUUAUUACCUACCUUAUCAUCUCAAUACCAAAAAGUAGGCAAGCCAAAACUAAAAUAUGACAAGAAUAAAGUAACUAUUUAAAUUAAA